AUGGCGAGCAUGCUACACCGUGAGGUUGCAACGCCAGACUCAAUACGUGAGAUCGUUGACCGGAACGAUGAACAGUCUUCGCUGGCAAAGAAGAUAUUGCUCUGGGUGGCGCACGCCAGGGAACCGUUUACAGUCGCUAUGCUGAGGCACGCUCUGGCAAUAGAUCCGGAGACCGGAUCCUUCACCUUGCCUCGGGACUUGAGGUUGACUGUAAUCUGUCGUGGUCUCAUAGUAGUGGAUGAAAAAACGACGGAAGUCGGAUUUACAGAUGAAGCUUCUAAGGAAUAUGUCAGGUCGACCACGAGCCGUAUUCUGGGUGCCCUGGGCCACACCACAAUUGCAGAAGCAUGCAUUGCUUAUCUCCUGCACGCUGGGAUAGCAAAACUCAAACUGGGAGGCUGCCAUGGCGAGGGUGGGCAUAUGCCUUUCGAUUCGACAGACAACCAAAUUCUCUGCACGGGGCACCUGCAGGAAUUCCUUAAUCAAUCUUCAUUUCCUCUUCUGCGGUACGCAUUCGAGCACUGGGGACACCACGUACAGGAAGCCAGUGGCGAAAACGGUCUGCCCAAAGGCGUCAUCCCAUUCUUACGCGAAUUCGGCCAUUUCCCUCUACUCCCCACCCUCAACAUCAAGUAUGCCCCCACGUCUUGCCAGCAGGUUGAGCUUGGAACACCCCUCCACGUCACGGCACAAUACGGCCUUUGUGACCUUCUCAACAUUUUCCCACUUUCGGACGACACAACAGUGCCGCAUAACCAACUCGCAGUGCACCUGGCAGCUUUACACGGCCAAGAACAGUUCCUUUCAGCUAUCCUACCACACCAAGAUCCCAACUCGAUGGAUGGGCGUGGUCGAACCCCAUUCUCCAACGCUGCAGCCUCUGGCCACAGUAGCUGUAUGCGACUCUUGCUGUACCAUGGCGUGGUGCUCAAGGACGCAGAUGAUGACGGAUACACACCGCUUAUGCGAGCAGCCUAUGGAGGUCAUCGUGAAGCUGUUCAGGCGAUCAUGGACCUCUCUAUCCCUUGUGGGUCCAAAUUUCCAGCUAAAUCCAAGAAAGGCGAAAUGGCCCUUCAUCUAGCUGCUCGAAACAACCACCCGGACGUCGUCAAGGUCCUCCUUGGAUACCCCAAAAAGCAACUGCGCACGGUUGGACUAGUCGACCCCAAGUCGAAGGAUAACAAAGGUCGAACAGCGUUGAUGGAGGCUGCUAGGUGCGGGGCGACAGAGAUUGUCCGGAUGUUGGUCGAGUACGGGGAUGUUGAUCCCAACGCGGUUAAUAACCACAAGCAGACCGCGCUCAUGAUCGCCGCAGAACGAGGAGACGAGCAGAUUGUCCGAUUCAUUCUCCAGCAUCCGCGCACCAAGGUCAACUACCUCUAUGGAGGCGCCUUGCGGACAGCAGUUGCACACGGACAUCGACGAUGCGUCCUUGCACUCCUCGAAUCCGACCAUCUCGAUGUCUCGAUUGCAGACCAGCAAGGAGAGACGGCACUUCACAAAGCUGCUUCGAAACGGGACGACAGCAUCUCCAUCGACUCCAAUACUCUCGUCGACAUCGUAAAGGAUCUCCUCCCCCACAGCGACGUCAACGCACGCGACAAGUUUAUGAGCACGCCAUUGAUGAAGGCGGCAGACUGGGGACAGCAUCGCAUCAUACAGGCUUUGUUCGUGAUGGAGGGGAUUGACGUCAAUGCGCGGGACAGGAGGGAACAGACUGCGUUGAUACGCGCUGCGUUCCAUGGCCAAGAAAGUGCGGUCUUUACACUCCUCUCACACCCUGGAGUAGAUGUUCUCGCCAGGGACCGUACAGGGCGGUCAGCCCUCCGGUACGCCACCUGGCAUAAACACCAAGCUAUCGUCGACCUACUCCUCAAACCCCGUUCCAACUUCGAGACCAACUCUGACCGUUCCCUCGACAACGCCAUUCUUCAAGGGUGCCUGGAUUCCGUUAAGGAGUUGCUGGCCAGGCCGGAUGCCGAUAGUUUGGUCAAUCGGAGGAACGAGAGAGGAACAACGCCAUUGAUUCUUGCCGUUGAGUUUGGGAAUCCCGACAUCGUUUCCGCUUUGCUCGAACAUCCAGCUAUUGACGUCAACCAGAAGAGUGACCGGGGAGAGACUGCGUUAAUGAGAGCUAUUGUGAAGGAGGGCGGUGGUCGGCUUGGCGAGAAGGGAGAAGCCAGUGCAGAUGAUGGAAGUUGUGAAGAGGAGGGGGCCCAAGGGCCGGUUGUUUCAGAAGGCGAGGCGCCAGUCAAGAUCGUUCAACAACUCCUUUCCCGCGAAGACGUCAACGUCAACGCGGCUGAUCAGUACUUGGUGACUCCCCUUAUGAGAGCUGCGAGCCUGGGACUCCGAGACACCGUCGAGAUUCUGUUGGAACGCGGGGCCGACGUGACGAUGGUGGAAGCCAACGGGACGGGAGUGUUUGCGUGGGCUGCAGAAGGUGGAAAUGUCGAUAUCAUCCGACGAAUACUGUUCUACCCCGACGUCGACAUCCUCACCUGUGACGGAAGAGGCGACAACGCCCUGCUGAAGGCCGCGCUUAGAGGACAUACAGAUGCAGUCGAGUUCCUCGUCUCUGAAGGCUUCGACGUAAACGACACGAACAACAUUGGCGAAACUCCGUUGCAUCGAGCGGCUGUUCGAGGGCAUGGCGAAUGCAUCUCAGCGCUUCUGGAACUUGGAGCGAACGCGAAUGCGGUGGAUCAAUAUCAAAAUACACCGUUGACAAAGGCUGCGGAGAGAGGCCAACCGAGGAGCGUAGAGGCGCUGUUGCAACAUCCGGAUGUUGACGUGAAUGCGAAGACGAAGAAAGGCGCGACUGCGUUGGCUUUUGCUGCGGGAGGGGAGAAUGAGCAUCUCAGAGCCGAGGGGAAACCGUUGGGUUUGAAGGAGGAUCGGUCUGGGGAGUAUGACGAGGUUGUUCAGUUGCUCCUUGCCCAUCUGGAUGUGGAAGUGGAUAGUCGCGAUGUUCUCGGGAGGACGCCGUUGAUGAAAGCUGCGCACACUGGCUGGCAGAAGGCUGCUCGUUUGCUCCUCGCCCACGAAAAGUGCAAUCCAAACGCACAGCAUGACCGGGGAGCGACGCCGUUGAUGAUGGCGGCCAUGGGUGGCCAUCGCGGUAUGGUCAAGUUACUCCUCUCAGACUCGAGAGUUGACCCCAACACUCGGGAUAUCGAUGGGCGAACGGCGUUGGCCAAAGCGAUUCUGCGUGAUCGAGAGGAAACUGCGAUGCAAUUGAUUACCAACCUCGGUGUCGACGUCAACUUGAAGGACAAGCGGGGACAUACACCUCUCAUGCAUGCGUCCUCGAGUGGCCUGACCUCUGUUGUGCAUACCUUGAUUGCACAUCCGGACAUCCAGCUCAAUGCGAAGGAUCAUCAGGGGGAAACGGCGUUUAUGAAGGCUGCUAAUCGGGACUGUAGGGAGGUUGUGCAGGUGCUGUUGAGUUUGGAGGGUGUGGAGACAGAUGCGAGGGACAAUCUGGGCUCGUCAGCGUUGAUGAAAGCGGCGGCGAAUGGGCAUAACAUUGUCAUCGAAGGAUUGCUGAAGGACAGGAGGAUCGAUGCGGAUGCGGGAGAUAAAAAUGGGGAUACAGCGUUGAUGAAAGCUGCUGCUGCCGGCCGUGACACGACGGUUUUCACGCUGCUUCGGAGUGGGAAGGUGGAUGUGAACAGGGCUAAUGAGGAGGGGGAGACGAGCUUAAUGAAGGCUGCGAGGGCUGGGGAGGUUAGUUGUGUGAGGUUGUUGUUGUAUGAUGUUGGGGAUGGGGUUGAUUUAAGGGAUGGGAAAGGGGAAACGGCGUUGAUGAAGGCGGCGGCUGAGGGUAGGAUGGAGGUUGUUGAGCUUUUGCUGGAUGCUGGUGCAGAUAUUGGGGUUGUAGACAAAUGUGGGGAAAUGGUGCUAGAUAAGGUGAAGAGUGGUUCGGAUGUGUGCAGGUUGCUUCACAGCCGAUGA